CCUGAACAGCUCAGUAUCUGCAGAGGUCCAGGGGAGAGGGCUCUUUAGUCUCCUUCCUGUGGCUUGGUGUCAGUGCUACAUCCUCGACCCUGCUGACUUCCCCAGAUUUCCAACAUCUAGGCCCUCUUUUCUGGAAGGAUCACCUGGACGUGCUCUGGUUUUCAGACUUUCAGAGUCAGCCUCAAAUCUACCACCAGGAGUUAGGUUACCCAUGGAGAAAGAAAGGCCUCUGAAGCCGCCUUGCACAGUGGCUCCUGAUCAAGCCUCAAAUGGGGAUCCCAGAGGUCCAGACCACCAUGACAUGGAACCUGAAGACCCACGUGAAGCAGAUGGCCCCUCGAAAUCAGGCCAACCUGUGAUACCCAUUGCUUUUGUGAACCCCAUGAGAUGUGACGCCCCUGUCCACACAGAGCCAGCCAGACCUGCAGAAAGAAGCCACCUCCUGAGAAGACCCCAACAAGCAGAGAGAGCUCACACACCGAGACAGAGUCAGUGGGCAGAAAGACACAGCCACCUGGAGAUGGGCUACUGGGAGCAUUUAGAACAUUCUCAGGAACCAGACACAUAUGGACAGGUGGACGUUCACGGUGAGCUAGGCCACCCAGAAGCCAGGUGGACCCCACCCUUCUCCAUGGCAGCACCUACAGUCCACGAAGACAGAGUGCCAGGCCACAUAUCUCUUUCAAACCAACAAGUGGGGGCAAUACAGGACCCACCCCCUGUCUCAGGGUACUGGGCCAUCAUGGGACAACAGAUUUCGGCCAUCUAUCCCUGCAUAGGCUUCAUCCCUCUGCCCGGCUCCUCACUGCGCUUCAUAGAGACCUCCUUCGGCACCCAUGUGUUUGGAUUCCCUGUGUUUUUCACCAAUAUCGCACGCUGACCUGUCACCUGCUCCAGGGUCCUUCCCUCCUGCUUUGGACUUGGCACAAUGCUGCUCUCUUCUCGCCCCAAACCGAGGCCCCAUUUCUGCCCUGUGCCUCCUUGCCCGUACAAAUCAGUACCUUCCUGCUGCAGCUCCAAACCCUCCUCAGGGAUCCCGACAGCGCCUGCCAUCUGCUCCCAAAGCCCCUCCUGGCUGUUUUAUCUAUGCACACAUAUAUUUAGUUCCUUGGUGCUUUUAAAAUAAAUCAGCAGUCUCUCCUUGUCCUCUCCUGAGCCAUGUUUUUCCUUCCCAAGAUGUACACCCACCAAACAUUUUUCGAAAAGACAACACCAAGAGAGAGAGAAAAAAGGAAAAAGUGAUAUCCAAGGAAAUAAACCUAAUAGAAUAUUCAGGAAAAUACUUUUAUAAGAGAAUAAUUAAUACCUUCAGAGAGAAAUAGAAUGAUGCUCUAUCCCUGAAAUGAUAGCAUGUGCCUACAUAAAAAGCCAUUUACACCGAUAGACUAGAAAUGAGGAGCAAGGUUGUUAGAACACAAUUAUGUGGAUGGUUCGAGUCACAGAAUGAAUGAGGCUGAGGGACAAAUCAGUAAAAUGGAUGUUUGGCCAGAAGGAGGCCCUGAAAUGUAGCAAAAGGUGUGACAGAUGAGUUCUGCUCCGAGCAGCUUUGGAAAUAGGACUAGCUAACACAGGAGAAUUGGAACAUUUGGAUGAGAGCAAUGUGUGAAGAACUCAUAGCCACUAAUUCCCCCCAAGUGAAGAAAGACACACAUCAUGAGCAGGAUAUGAGAAUAACGCAAAUUCGGAAAUAUGGCAAGAAAUUUCCAAAGGCUGCCUGAGAGACGAGUCCCAAGGAAAGCUCAGAUUCACACUGGACUUUGCUGGGAAGCACUGGUGAGUUUGAGAAGCCAUGGGGCAAUAUGUUUCGGAGCCUGGAGGAGGACUGACUCUGAAUGAAGACUUCUGUGACUUGUGGGAGAAGUAUCUGCUCAGGAUGGAGGCCAUGCGAGGAGGGGAAGGACCUGGAGAAAGGGAAAAAGGAAAAAGCCUGAGUCCAAAGCAUGAGUUUUUCCCAGUUUUCAUAGCACAUAACUUUUAAUAAAUGAGCUAAUAAAGCCCCUUAUUAUCUUA